GUGGCGACUGGCGGCCUGAGAAUAUAUAAAGACAAAUAAGUCGAAAACAUCACAGGUAUCUGAAGGUCCAGGAUCCGUUGCCAUGAAGACUGUCAUUGUUGUUCUGUUGGCUGUCGCGGUGGCAGCAGAGCAGAAGCGCGAGGCGGAUCCCCACUAUGGCUACGUCCGUCCUUCCUAUCUCCAUCACGGACUUCACCCUGUGGGAAUCGCUCAUCACCCGGGCCACGCCACCUCAUACGUGCACUCCCACGUCGGCAAGAGGGAAGCCGAGGCCGACCCUCACGCUGGACACGGCGCUCGGUUCCUCUACCACGGACUCCACUAUCCCGUUGGAAUCGCCAGCCAUCACGGACUUCACCCUGUGGGAAUAGCUCGUCACCCUGGCCUCGCGACCUCGUACGUGCACUCCCACGUGGGCAAGAGGGAGGCUGAGGCCGAGCCCAAGCCUCACGUGGGAUACGCCCUUCCCUACGGCUACCUUGGGUAUGGUGGAUAUGGUUACCCACUUUCCUACGGUUACCAUGGAUACUAUCCUUAUCGUCAUAGCCUCCUUGGUUGAACAAAACAUUGUUCCAAUUUGACCUACUGUAGGAAAUGUCCCUGUUAACAAAACUACACAUUCCUUCAUUCUGCAGUGUCUUCUCUGUGAAUUUCAUUGUCUGCAAAGUGUACUGAACAUGAAAUUUCUAUGCUAAUAA